AUGAGGAAGAGAUUGAUGGCUCAGGUAAACAUAGAUGACGUGAAUAUUGUUAACAAUUCUUACGCCAACUACGGGAUUCAUCUGAAAGUGGUUGUGGAUGAUCGGGACCAGGAUCCUAUGAAUGAUGACAAUCAAGUAUUGGAGGAUAGACACAUUUAUAAAAGGUUCUCUGAGUUUUUGGAGUUGAAGAGGCGUUUAGAGAAGGAAUUUAAUUCCGAAUUACCGUAUGAGUUGCCCAGUCGGCACCAUGGUCCCAUAUUUAACGUUUGGACCAGAAGCACCACUAGUAUAGACCCUGUUAUCACUGAAGAGAGACGAAUUCAAUUGGCAAAAUUUGUAAGUGACAUGCUUAAUGAUUCAUUUGAUACCAAAUGGAAGAACUCGGAACUAGUUCGAGUGUUUUUGCAAUUACCAUUAAAUUGGAAUGACUAUCGACUCCGAGAUCAUCAAGAAUCACCAGCAAAGCAAUUAAACAGUCUCAAGAGUUGGCUAGAAAAAUUCAGGGAUUGUAAAAAUAUUUUUGAGGAAAUCAAGAAAUCACAAAAUGGCAAGGAUAGAAAUAUGAAAUCCAUGAAACUAAGACUAUCCUUGACUGACCUUGAGAAUUGGUUAACAAAGUUUCCCUCCAAUGAAGACCCUGUCGAGGUGAAUAAAUACAAGAAUUUACUGUCCACAUUGAAGCAAGAUUUAAACGAUUUAAUAUUCGAAACUGCUCCAUCGGACAUGAAAUUAUCUUCACAGGACGAUUUGUUUUCUAUGAACCGUACAAACACAUCAGGGUCAGGGGUUAAACUUACUACGGGGAGGAGGAAACUAGGAGGAGGAGACCAGGGUUCCGUCCAACAAAUGUUGCAGGAACAGAAGGAUAUCACGAAGGAACAAGAUCAAGAGUUGGCUCAAUUACACACGGUGAUCCGUCGACAAAAGGACUUAUCUAUAGAGUUGAACAACGAACUCAGCCAGCAAAAUGAGUUACUGGAUAGUAUGGAUGAGGAAGUGGGGGCCACAGCACGUAAACUGCAGUAUGCUGGAAAGAAAGCUCAAAGGUUCAAUCAGAGUUCAUAG